AUAUAAUUUUCAUUUUAGCUUACAAAGUUGUAUAUAAAAUUUCUAAGAAGGAAAGGCCGCUGGACUUCGAGGGACUUGGAACAAUUUUCAAGGGGUUAGAGUUAGACCGUACGCGAGAGCAAUCCAAUUCAAAUCUUCUGUUCUCAGUGUAAAUGGGGAGAACCAAGAGGCGCCAAAUAUCGAUAGCAUUAGGGCUCGUAAUGCUCAUGGGAAUCGCCGUUUACUUCCGACUUUGGACUAUUGAUUAUCGCGUCUCAUCUAAUGAUACCGAAUUGUUAAGGAGACAAUUUGAUCUCGCUAAUAGAGAAGCUAUGGAUGAAUCUGCAGAGUGGAGAAGGAGGUAUGAUUGGGAGUUCGAGAAGGCUGCCGAGUGCUCCAGGCAACUGGAGGAAAUUAAGAAGUCUGCUGGAGAAACAAAAGGGGUUUCGGCUGUCCUGAACAGAGAGAUGGAAAUGUUGCAAAAGGAAAAUGUGGAUUUGCUUGAAAGGGUUGAGUCUUUGAAACAAGAGCUUGAAGCAGAGAAAUUGAAAUGCAAUGUCCGUAAAAUGUAAAUCAUCUAAUGAGGUAUGGAGUUGGAGGAUAUCUUUUGUAUCAGAGAUUAGUAGCGAUUUCUAGAGUACGUGCUUGUUGAUAAGAAUCAUACUUUUUGCACUGCACCAACGACUGUAGGAGAUUGUGUCCUCUUUUUUCCCCAGACUUGAGCUACUUUGACAAAGCCUAUGGAUGUUGAAACAUACUUUUUGCACUGCACCAACGACUGUAGGAGAUUGUGUCCUCCUUUCCCCCAGGCUUGAGCUACUUUGACAAAGCCCUAUGGAUGUUCUCUCAGAAGAUGAAUUAUGCAUUCUAUGUUACCGAUGACAACAAUCAACCAAAAUUAAUUGUUCAUCUGUUUCAUGCACCAAUUCUUCACAAAAAUGUCCGGAUGUACCACCUUAUACAAGCUGGUUCGUGUUAGUCAGACAGCAGAUUGAUCCAUUGUUGGAUUUAAGAACUCAAACUCAACAUUAAUGAAUUAAGGUGGCAAGAAUUUAUCUAGUGGCUCCUCUGCUGCUACUCGAUGCCACUUCAUUCUGAGAUCACAAGUAAAUUUCUACUUCGACUCUGUCAUGGACUAACAGGCGAACAAGUUUCUCUGAAGUCCCUCACUUGGGUACCUACACCUCCUCUGUUUCUUACAGAUUGUUUUUCUGGCAAUUUAGUGCAAGAAAGCUAUUUUUGUUUUCUUCACAUGUUUGCUUGACAAGGUCUCAAGUACUUUUGACGACAAUCAGCCCAUCUUCCCAGGAGAACAAAAAUGUGAAUGUUGGCUGCAGAUAAAUAUCCAACAAUUACAUAAUUGUUCCACGUCUACGGUUCAUACUUCAAAUGACGGAGUCAAAAUUAUCCAUAUUGAAGUUGAAAUAUGUAUUUUUUUUUCUCCCUUUAUUUUUCUUUAUAUGCUCCUUUGUAACCCCUCCCCUGCAUAAUUUGCUCAUUCCACGUUAAAGACCUUACCGACAUGUUGAGUACUUAAAAUUUGCACGCCUUGUUGAGAUGGCAGUCUAUCAACUCUGUAUGCUGAAAAUUGUUAUGAAGAUGCUCUGAAAUAUUUCGAUUAUUUCUUCCAUCCAAGAGUCUUUUAUAUGCAAUAAAAGGCUUGGUAUUGGACCACACUUGAUGCUCAAUUCGUUUACUUGCAAAACACCAGAAUGUAGAACUGACAGCAAACAAUUGAUCUGAAACCAAUUUUUUAUCAAUUCACAUGCCGAGUGAACUAAAAAGCCUUUGACACGAAGACUGCAUUAGAAUUAAUCUUGAACCCUAGUCAAACAUGGGACAUAAAUGAUAUUGAUUUGAAACCACACCGGUGGUGAAACCAACGCACUUGAGCAAAACAAUUCUUUUUCCACCACUGGUGAAUAAAUUCUACAUUACCAAAUUCCCUUCACCACCGAAUUCAGUGAUAUGGUAGUAGAGGCAUCCAGAUCUUUUUCCCUUGA